GGGCAGCAAGCGGCUGCCGCAGGCCAUCAUCAUCGGCGUGAAGAAGGGCGGCACGCGGGCGCUGCUGGAGUUCCUGCGGGUGCACCCCGACGUGCGCGCCGUCGGCGCCGAGCCCCACUUCUUCGACCGCAACUACGAGCGGGGCCUCGCCUGGUACAGGGACCUCAUGCCCAGGACCCUGGAGGGGCAGAUCACCAUGGAGAAGACCCCCAGCUACUUCGUCACCAAGGAGGCCCCAGCCCGCAUCUCCUCCAUGGCCAAGGGCACGAAGCUGAUCGUGGUGGUGCGGGACCCCGUGACCAGAGCCAUCUCGGACUACACACAGACGCUCUCCAAGAAGCCCGACAUCCCCACCUUUGAGAGCCUGACCUUCAAAAACAGGACUACGGGCCUGAUCGACACCUCGUGGAGCGCCAUCCAGAUCGGCAUCUACGCCAAGCACCUGGAGAACUGGCUGCUCUACUUCCCCAUCGGGCAGAUCCUCUUCGUCAGCGGGGAGAGGCUGAUCAGCGACCCCGCGGGGGAGCUGGGCAGGGUCCAGGACUUUCUGGGCCUCAAGAGGAUCAUCACCGACAAACACUUCUACUUCAACAAAACCAAGGGCUUCCCCUGCCUGAAGAAGGCGGAGGGCAGCAGCAAACCCCACUGCCUGGGGAAAACGAAAGGCAGGACCCACCCCGACAUCGACCAGGAGGUGGUGCAGAGGCUGCGGGACUUCUACCGGCCCUUCAACAUGAAGUUCUACCAGAUGACGGGGCAGGACUUCGGCUGGGACUGAGGCUG